AUGGCAGCGAACACAGGCAGCAGCAGUGGCGGGACGUCGGCAGCAGCGGCGGCGACAGGGGAGCUGGCGCACGCGGUGUCGCUGCUGCGGGGGCUGAGCGCGCUACGAGCGGAGCGGAGCCUGCUGGAUGUGACGGUGGUGGCAGGUGGCCGGGAGUUUGGGGCGCACCGCGCUGUCCUGGCUGCUGCAUCCGGCUACUUCCGUGCCAUGUUUGGCGGGGCGUUGCGGGAGGCAAGGGCAGAGCGGGUGCGGCUGCAUGGUGUGGAGCCUGAGUGCCUGGCACGCCUCCUCGACUUCGCCUACACCGGCCGGGUGGGCGGGCUGGGCCCUGACAUCGCCGAACGCCUGCUGCGCGCUGCUGACCUGCUGCAGUUCCCUGCUGUCAAGGAGGCCUGCGGUGCCUGGCUGGCACGCCAGCUGGAGCCCGCCAAUGCCUUGGACAUGCAGGACUUCGCCGAGGCCUUUGCCUGCCCAGCGCUGGCGGCUGCCGCCCACCGCUUUGUCCUGCGGCACGUGGGCGAGCUGGGCGCCCAGCUGGAGCGGCUGCCGCUGCCACGCCUCCUCUCCUACCUGCGGGAUGAUGGGCUCUGCAUCCCCAAGGAGGAGGCUGCCUUCCAGCUGGCGCUGCGCUGGGUGCGCGCCGACCCUGCCUCCCGCGCCCCGCUGCUGCCCCAGCUCCUGGCCCACGUCCGCCUGCCCUUUGUGCGCCGCUUCUACCUGCUGGCCCACGUGGAGGGCGAGCCACUGGUGGCCCGCUGCCCGCCCUGCCUGCGUCUCCUGCGCGAGGCCCGUGACUUCCAGGCCGCCCGCCUUGACCGCCACGACCGGGGGCCCUGUGCCCGCAUGCGCCCCCGGCCCUCCACCGGCCUCGCCGAGAUCCUCGUCCUUGUUGGCGGCUGCGACCGCGACUGCGACGAGCUCGUCACCGUCGACUGCUACAACCCGCGCACCGGCCACUGGCGCUACCUGGCCGAGUUCCCGGAGCACCUGGGCGGGGGCUACAGUGUUGCUGCGCUGGGCAAUGACAUCUACGUCACCGGAGGAUCGGACGGGUCGAGGCUGUAUGACUGUGUCUGGAGGUACAAUUCCAGUGUGAAUGAGUGGACAGAGGUGUCUCCCAUGCUGAAAGCCAGAGAAUACCACAGCUCCACGGUCCUGGAUGGGCUGCUGUACGUGAUCGCCUCCGACAGCACGGAACGCUAUGACCACUCAGUGGACAGCUGGGAGGCUCUGCAGCCCAUGCUGUACCCCAUGGACAACUGCUCCACCACCUCGUGCCGUGGCAAGCUGUUCGCCAUAGGCUCCCUGGCUGGCAAAGAGUCCAUGGUUAUGCAGUGCUAUGACCCCGACAGUGACCUCUGGUCCCUCGUGAACUGCGGCCACCUGCCUCCCUGGUCCUUUGCCCCAAAGACCGUCACUCUCAACGGCCUCAUGUACUUCAUAAGAGAUGACUCGGCUGAAGUGGAUGUUUACAAUCCAGCAAAGAAUGAAUGGGAUAAAAUCCCUGCCAUGCUUCAGGUUCACGUUGGCGGAAGCGUGGCUGUGCUUGGUGGGAAGCUCUAUGUCUCCGGUGGCUACGAUAACACAUUUGAACUCUCGGACGUCCUGGAAGCCUACGACCCCGAGACACGAACAUGGAGUGUGGUGGGCCGACUCCCUGAGCCCAUCUUCUGGCAUGGCAGCGUCAGCAUAUUCCGGCAGUUCAUGCCGGAAACCACGCAGGGGGACGACGGCAUCAUGCUGGACAACACCAUCAACUUGAACAGGCAGCGCCAAAACUUUCACAACCAGAACCUCAACGAGCUUCAUUAGCAGGGGAAGGCACUGUCCCCCUGGCUCAACGCAAGUUUGUUAUCCAGAACCUGUGUUGCUUUGAGAGAAGGCAGAGGCAAACCGGUGCUUGGAAACAAAAACGUACUGAUCGUAGAGGGAGUGAAAACUCUGAACGUUGACGUGCUGUUGUGGAACUGCAGCCGGCAGACGGUGAGGCCUCCGCUGCGGUGUCCCUCGGCCCUUCUCUGGGAUGGGAGAAGGUGCCGCACUGCCUGCAGAGGAGGCCCGAGAAGUGAACUCUGAGGAAAGCGAUCGCAUUGCAACGACAUUGCAACUUACAGCUUUUAGUCAGAUGCCUGGGAGCUCCUUCACCCUGUAACGCUUCCUUUGCCACCAAACUCCUUUCUUCAGUUUCUUUUUUGGGAGGGGUCCGUCUGGUAGGAUGGUGGUCUGGACCCCCACCUCCGUUCUGUGCCUUGGAGGAAGACAGACUUCCUGUGCAUGUCUUCCUCUGCAUGGUUAGAGAGGGGAAAGGCCUUCCCACAAGAAGCUGGAGGUCUGUUAGGGGUGAGAGGUUAAUAUGAGAACAUGGCCCUUCCUGCCCUGUCGCCGUGGCCCUCGGUUCCCGUUCAUGCCUUCAGAAAGAACAGGGGUCCUGUAGCAGGGAUCUCGCCGAGGCUGGGUUAUGAAGCUUCACCUUUCCCUUUGUCUGAACUUCAGUUCUUCCUGUAGUUUGGCGGGGUUUUUUUAAGUUGCAGCAUUUAAACUUCUGCAGGUAUUUGUUUUCCCACCCUUCCUAGCAGACUACUUUUUCCUUCUAAGAAGAAACACCCUUAUUUAUCUUUUAAUCUCCUUCUCACAACCGGAUUGUUUUCAUUUCUGAUCACCCCAGCUGUGCCCCCCUUUAAGGGGAAGGGGCGAAGUGAGUACCCCUCCCAGCUAGCCCAAGGAGUGACUCCUGGGGCUGGCCACUGCUGCCCUCGGGGAGGAGCUGUUUUCCUUUCCCGAUGUGACGGGGCUUGUUGAUAGCGGGGCUGAACUGGGCAGAAAAAGCUGCUGCUUGUGGCGAGGGCUGUUUGCUGUCGGUUCUCCUGUGCUGAGCUCUCGGCUGGUGCGCUGGGUUGGGCAGAUAGACCCCGUGCAGCAAGGGCGAGUUUUUAUUUCUUCACUGUUUUAAAGGAGGUAAGUUGGCGUUGUACUAUUUUAGAGAAAAAAAAACUUACUGGGAAAGGUGAGCACGGCUUCCUCAGGAGAUUCACCCCAAGUUUGCAGAAUGGCUGGUGGUGCUUAGAUACCUUGAUCCAGAAUUGCUUUUAAAUGCAUCACCUGGUGUGAAGGAACCCACCGGUCCUUUGGAGAGGUCUCGUGCCUGUCGUGCCUCUGGUUUGCAGGGGCUCUCAGGAUUUGGGCAAUUGGGAAAUGCCGCUGAGGUGUUUUGGCGAGGGUGUAGGAGCUAGCCAGAGUGUUGCGGAUUGAAAGGUAGUUAUUUUAGGGAUUUUUUUUCUUCUUUUUGUUUGGGGUUUGCUGGGGGUUUUUUGGCCUGUGUAAGAUUUGCCUUUAUACUCGCCCAAGUGACCUAGCUAGCUUGGGCUGUAUUUCCUCUUUCUACCUUAGUUGAAGAGAAGCUGCCUGCAGUUUACUCAUGGAAUCUGUCUUGAGUAAACAGCUAAAACUGCGGUACGGCUCACCUGAAAAUGAGCAUCACAUCUUUUGGGAAAACUAACCAAAAAAAAAAAGUGUGACAACGGCUGAAGUGUUGACUGGAUGCGUUUGCUUUUUCCAUCUUUUGUUUUUAACAAGUAGGAAAAAAAAUUGAAUUUAAACUUAAUUCACAGAUGGAAAGCCCGUAUACUUGAUAGCGCCUUCUGGCUUGCCCUUGGAUUGAGUAGUGUCAGAGCCCCACCUCCACAACAUCAGCGUCUUUGCAGCUUUAAAAAAAUCUGUUUUGCCUUGAAUGCUGUUUUAUGCCACUCCUCAGCUGUGGAACUUGGGAAAGCCGCUUGUGAAAUCUGGGCUCUUCUCCAAGUCUGAAAAUUUGACAGUGCCUUGAAACCGCUGCACGCCGGCGGAGGAUCGCGGAGGGGCCUCACCACGCCGUAGCAGCCUCUCGGUUUAAAACCCUCCCCGGCGCUGCCGCAGUCUGGGGUGUGGUGGGCCCCCGCCUUGGGCGGAGGAGCCGGGGGGCAGGAACGCGCAGGGGCCCGUGAUUUGGGACGGCUCCUUCGUUUCUGGGAGUAAUGACCAUGUCCUGCCGUACCAACCCGCAAGGCCAAAGUAGCCUGUCCCCACAGCACCAUGUGGUGUCCAGGGAGAGACAGAGUGCGCCACGCAGCUGAACUCGCGUUGCAGACCGAAGUAUUUAUGCUGAACUAUAAAUAGCACGCACACUCUGUCUCGUACUGUAGUGCUCGCUGCUGGACCUGCCACCCCCAAAUUCCCCAACCAGCUGAACAGUUAGGGAUCUGUAUUUAUUUUUUGUAAAAUUCAUUGUGUCCAAAUCUUUGAGUACAGUUUAAAUACCAUCCUUUGAAACAAAGGCAUUUUACAUUUAUAGAUAAUGUAUUUUUAUUCUCAUAGUUUGUUUUUAAAUUUACUUGCAGCAGUCAAGUUAAA